ACGAAGAAUGAGUGUGGAAAAAAUGGAAGCCUGAGAGACAAAUGAGCCAUUAAUACUAUUUUUUUGUUGUGCACAAUCACGUAACGUAGCUCCCCUCAAAAAAAAAAAAAAACACGUAACGUAGCAUGGCUUACGGUGUUAUCGAGGACGACGUUUCACCUAUUGAGGAGGUUCGGGCGGUGGUGUCAAACGAGGAUGACCAGAACCUCCCGAUAUGGACGUUCCGUAUGUGGACGAUGGGAAUUAUCUCGGUGGUGUUGCUUUCUUACAUAAACACAUUUUUCAUUUACAGAACCCAACCAUUAACGGUUACAAUGAUAACAAUUCAGGUUGCAACGCUUCCUAUUGGUCGAUUCAUGGCUAAGGUGCUUCCUACAAAAAAGUUUCGGAUCAUUGGUUUUGGAGAGAGAGAGUUUUCGUUAAAUCCGGGUCCUUUUAACGUGAAAGAGCACGUGCUUAUUUCCAUGUUUGCAAAUGCUGGUGCUGCGUUUGGGAGUGGCACUGCUUAUGCUCUCAGUAUUGUUGAUAUCAUUCGUGUAUUUUAUUACAGGAAGAUUACCUUUCUUACCAGUUGGAUUCUUGUUCUCACUACGCAGGUAUUAGGGUAUGGAUGGGCUGGGAUAAUGAGGAAGUACGUGGUGGAUCCGGCGGAGAUGUGGUGGCCAUCCACUUUAAUGCAAGUUUCUUUGUUCAGGACUUUACAUGAAAAGGAUGAGAAUCGCAUGUCAAAAGGGAAGUUCUUUUUGAUUGCACUUAUGUGCAGCUUUGCAUGGUAUGUGGUUCCAGGCUACCUCUUUGCCACCUUAUCAAUUAUUUCAUGGGUUUGUUGGAUAUUCCCUAAUUCAGUAACAGCACAUCAAAUUGGAUCUGGGAAGAAUGGCCUUGGUUUGGGUUCCUUUUCUCUUGACUGGACCACUAUUGCUUCAUUCCUUGGGAAUCCACUUGUUACCCCUAUCUUUGCAACGGUUAACAUCCUUGUUGGCUACAUUUUAUUAAUCUACAUUCUUAUUCCAACGGCUUAUUGGGGAUUUAAUCUCUAUAAUGCCAAAAACUUCCCCAUAUACUCUAAUGAACUAUUCAGUGCUCAAGGUGUGAGAUACAAUGUGACAGCUAUUGUGAACAACAAGUUUGAGAUAGAUAUGGAUGCAUAUAAUAAUCAAGGUCACAUUAAUAUGAGUAUCUUCUUUUCUAUUUCCUAUGGUAUUGGCUUUGCUGCCAUUGUCUCUACACUCACUCACGUUGCCAUAUUUAAUGGAAAAGAUAUAUAUCAUCAACUUCAAUCUUCCCGAACUGGAAAGGAAGACAUUCACACAAGAUUGAUGAAGAAGUAUAAAGACAUACCUAAUUGGUGGUUUCAUGUUACGCUUGUGGUUUCAUUUUUACUUGCACUUGCAUUGUGUAUUUUCAAGAAAGAAGAGAUACAAAUGCCAUGGUGGGCUCUCAUCUUUGCUUCUGGACUUGCACUCAUUUUUACUCUUCCCGUUGCCAUCAUAACUGCCACCACUAAUCAGACUCCAGGUUUGAAUGUUAUUACUGAGUACAUUAUGGGUGUGAUUUUACCCGGCCGACCAAUAGCCAACGUUUGCUUCAAGACCUACGGGUAUAUGAGUAUGUCUCAAGCUAUUUCCUUUUUAUCUGAUUUCAAGUUAGGACAUUACAUGAAGAUCCCACCAAGGUCAAUGUUCAUAGUUCAGAUUUUAGGUACUCUUAUAGCUGGAACAGUGGAUGUUGGUGUGGCAUGGUGGUUGCUAGGUUCAAUAAAGAACAUAUGCCAUGAAGAUCAACUUCCCAAAGGUAGUCCAUGGACAUGCCCAAAUGACAACGUGUUCUUUGAUGCCUCCGUUAUAUGGGGUUUGGUGGGACCAAGAAGAAUUUUUGGGCCACUAGGAAACUACGAAAAGCUGAACUGGGCCUUCCUAAUUGGACUACUGAGCCCAAUAAUCAUAUGGGCCCUAAUAAAAGCCUUUCCCAGUCAAAAAUGGAUAUCAUACAUUCACAUUCCUGUUCUGCUUGGUGCAACUGCAAGUAUGCCACCAGCUAGCACAGUGAAUUUCAAUUCAUGGAUUACUGUUGCAGUUAUAUUUAACUAUUUUAUCCACAAAUAUCGUAAGAAGUGGUGGGAGAGAUACAAUUAUAUUCUUGCUGCUGCUUUAGAUGCUGGAUUGGCUUUCAUGACUACUCUUCUAUACUUUACGGUUAGUAGUGGUGGUAUAAGUUUGAAUUGGUGGGGACAAGAUGAGCAUUGUCCUCUUGCUACAUGUCCUACUGCUAAAGGCAUAGUUACUGAUGGUUGUCCUACAUUUUGAUACCAUUAGUCCCCUUUUAUAAUUUAGAUUUAGAUGCUCUCAUCAUGUAUUUCAUUUAUUUACUUC